GGCUGGGCCGUGCCGUGCCGCUCCGCCCUGGCGGGGCGGUGCUGUAAUACAAGUCCCAGGAGCGGCGGGCGUGGCCGCUGGAGCGGGGCUGUCGGGCCGCCUUCCUGUCGUCAGACAGGGUAGCCAGCUCCUGCUGGAGUGAAAGGACCAGUGUCCUGCUCUGGCAGAGUGUGCUGCUUGGCACAUGGCUCCAGUGAGCUCCAAAGGGUGAAGAAGAGUUUUCCAGCCUGUCUGGCAGAAAAGGUUCGGGCGCAGUCUGAAGUGUGUUGAAAAUAUUGGCACUGGUGAUGAAGUCCAGUUAAGUUCCUGGAGGAGUCUCUUACAGAAUCACUUAACCAAGAGCCAGGUGACAUCGUGGUGGCCCAGGAAGCAUGCAGCUGUGGUGCUGGGGGCCCUGAAGACUGUUUGGCUUGCAGAGAGGAAUGCUACGGUGGGCAGUGCACUUGGAAGGUGGGCCGCGGAGGGUGAACCACGCGGCCGUGGCCGUCGGGCACAAGGUCUAUUCCUUUGGCGGAUACUGUUCUGGAGAAGACUAUGAGACUCUGCGGCAGAUUGACGUCCAUGUUUUUAAUGCAGUGUCUCUGCGCUGGAUCAAACUGCCUCCAGUGUGGACAAACAGCCGAGACCAUGUGAGAGAAGUGCCCUACAUGAGGUAUGGGCACUCAGCAGUGCUCAUAGACGACACUGUCUACAUAUGGGGCGGUCGCAACGACACUGAGGGAGCCUGCAAUGUGCUCUAUGCCUUUGAUGUCAACACACACAAGUGGUUCACGCCGAAAGUGUCUGGAAUGGUCCCAGGAGCAAGAGAUGGGCACUCAGCCUGUGUCCUGGCAAAGAGCAUGUUUAUCUUUGGAGGCUAUGAACAGCUGGCUGACUGCUUUUCAAACGAUAUCCAUAAAUUGGACACCACAAACAUGAUGUGGACCUUAAUCUCUGCCAAGGGUACACCAGCUCGCUGGAGAGACUUCCACUCCGCUACCAUCAUUGGAACAAAGAUGUACGUAUUUGGUGGCAGAGCUGAUCGUUUUGGGCCAUUUCACUCCAACAAUGAGAUCUACUGUAACCGCAUUAAAGUGUUUGAUACAGAAACAAACUCCUGGCUGGACUCCCCUCCAACUCCAGUGCUCCCUGAAGGCCGGCGGAGCCAUUCGGCAUUCAGCUACAAUGGGGAGCUGUAUGUAUUUGGUGGCUACAAUGCACGCCUGAACAGACACUUCCACGACCUCUGGAAAUUCAAUCCAGUUUCUCUUUCUUGGAGGAAGAUCGAGCCCAAGGGGAAAGGCCCAUGUCCUCGACGCCGGCAGUGCUGCUGCAGAGUGGGGGACAAAAUCAUUCUCUUUGGAGGCACCAGCCCGUCUCCAGAGGAAGGAAUGGGUGAUGAAUUCGACCUGAUGGAUCACUCCGAUCUCUACAUCCUCGACUUCAGCCCCAGUCUAAAGACACUGUGUAAGCUAGCGGUGAUUCAGUACAGCCUGGACCAGUCCUGCCUUCCCCAUGACAUCAGAUGGGAGCUCUCGGCCAUGACAACAAACAGCACCAUCAGCCGCCCCAUUGUCUCCUCCCAGGGCUGACACCGGUUCAUCCCUCUGCCACCCUGCCCUCGCCCCUCCACACACCGACGUCUUGCUCCACUGCCUGCAUGAGUUUUUAGCCCUUUCAAGCAAGGAACAUGUGAGCUCGGUUUGUCUCGCCCUAGCUAGGCCUCCCUCUGCCCUUGUCAUGCUUUGGGCAGCGUGAGCGUGCAGGCAGAGCUGGCCACUGGGCAAGAAAUUGGCUUGCCCCAGCAGCACAACUGUGAGCCCUGCUCCUUGCUGAUGGCUCCAGCAUCUCCUGCUUUCCUUCCCCUUGUCUGUGGAGCUGCAGCUGUGCUGGACUAAUCCCUGGACUCUCCAAGGGCCUGAAUCAACUCCUACCACCAGCCAUGGCCCUGGGGUUGGCCUCAGGCUGUGAACUGUUCCCACGUGGCCUCAAGGGAGCAGGGACCUCGCCUGCACCCACCAGCGCUGAGCAGCUUCCUGGCACCGAAUGGCAGGUCCCAGCCCCAAGCUGAGCCAGAUGUGGGGGCCUGGGCCCAGCUGGACUCUCUGCCCAGCUCCCGUUGUAAACAGCAACUGGGGGGAGUUUUAUAAAUGGUGAGGCGGAUGUGA